UAACUUGAUAUUAUCGUAAGGGCAGGAAUCAUGUGCACCCUAAAUCUCAAGAGUUCUACAUUUUAUUUGCAGAGGCUUAUCAUAUAAUACAACAUGGAUGGUAUCUUCAAUGACGCUGCUAAUUGCUCCCCGGACGUACUAUCUUCAAAAGCACAUGAUAUAUUUGGAGAUCCUAAAAUGUUCAUCAGAGUUGGAGUUGAAUAUCAGGUCGAAGUUCCAUCACUUAUCCCGGGAUGUCAAAGUUUGCAGCCUAAAAUAAGAAAUUAUUAUUCCAGAAUUAUGUUAAAUAAUACAUAUGCAAAAACACAUGCUGUAUUAGACAAUGACAAAGAAAGUGGAUGGCCAGUAAAUCAUCAACCUAUAUUUGCUUGUGAUAGUAUGGAUGCCACAUUGGUGACAGCCCACGGAAGAAAAGCCGGUUCACAAACCAAAGCUUGGACAAAAAUUGAACGUGAUGGCUUUCUCCUCGGUUUGUACUUCUUUGGGAAAAACCUUCUGCUGGCCAGAAAAUUUGUUGAGAGUAGAGAUAUGGGAGACAUAUUAGCAUACUAUUAUGGAAAGUUCUAUAGAUCAAAUGAUUAUCGAACCUGGUCAGAAAGUCGAAAACUCAAGAGUAGAAGAUACGUCCAUGGACAAAGGAUUUUAAGGGGUUGGAGGCAGCGGGAACUCUUAUCUCGUUUGUUUUGCCACAUCUCAGAAGAAUGCCAGAAACAGUUGACAGAGGUUUCGAUGACAUUUGCAGCAGGAAAACUUUCACUGGAAGAGUAUGUAUUCACUCUGAGAAAUAUGGUUGGCACCAACAUGCUUGUAGAAGCAAUAGCAAUUGGCAAAGGGAACAAAGACCUUACCCGCACUGCUAUGGAUCCUUCGAAAGCUAAUCAUUCCAUACCUCUUGGUGCUGGAGUACCUAGUGGUAAAGAAUGCUCCUCUCUUACCUCAAGUGAAAUCAUCAAGUUUCUGACGGGUGAUUUUCGGCUAAGCAAAGCUCGAUCCAGUGAUCUUUUUUGGGAAGCUGUUUGGCCCCGUCUUUUAGCAGGAGGAUGGCACUCCGAGCAGCCUAGAAAUCUUCCAUAUGCUGAUCCAAACUAUUUGGUAUACAUUAUACCUGGUGUUAAAAAAUUUUCCCGGAAACUUGUGAGAGGAACUCAAUAUUUUGAUUCCAUUAAGGAUGUCUUGAAGAAGGUUGCAUCCGAGCCUCAUCUCCUUGAGUUUGAUGAUGUAGCUGCAGAAGAUAGCACAAAGAUGAAGGACGAUGUGUUAGCUCUACAAACAGAACAGGACUUGGAGGGUUUAUCAAAUCAGAGAUGCCAUACUUAUCUCCAGACACCAAUUUCUACUUGCAGGCAAAAUUUAAUGAAAUUUACAGUUGUGGAUACCAGUUUGUUUCGUGAAGGCGGAAGGAUGAAUGUGAGAGAUUUGAGAUUUUUGCCUCCAGAACCUUUAAGUAAAUGCAUGGAGCCCGCAUGUUAUAACAAGAAAGACAGAAUUCCAGAUCCGCUCGAAGAUGUAACUGAGAGCAGACCAUGCAAUGACACAGCAGACUGUGAAACUGAUAAUUUCGAGAAGCAAUUGCCUACUGCUUCAGAUCCUAUGAGUACAUCGGUAGAAAAUGACUAUGACAGAAGCUCUACUGCCUCCACAAGUUGGAAAUCAAAGAUGACGAUGAAAUUCCAAUUUAGUCGGAGGCUGAAAAAUAACAAGUUAAAUCAUUCGAUUUCCAUCGCUGAUGAGCAGAACUUUACUGGUGGCAGCGAUCAAAAUUCAACAAAUGAUGCUGAAAACAUCUCCAUGGAUGCUAAUUCGAAUGUACAAGGAUCCUCCGGUUUAAAAAACAGUACAGUCACUGAACUAUACCUAAAUUCUUCAUCAAACAAUACUUUCUCUGGCAUCCUGGAGGAGAGCAGUGAAAGAAAUGUUAGUAAGAACUUUUCAGCUAGCGAACUGUGUAAUGAGAAGUCUGAGACCGAGAUAUUGGUUGGUUUGAAUUCUCCUCAGGUCCCUUUCGUGGAGGAGUUUUUUACAGUGAUGCCUAAUUCUAUUGAUUCAUCUUUUGACAAGUCAUUCUUACACUCCAAAGGAACUCAGCAGUCUGGGAUGUUGGUUGCCAACAAUGCUAGAGUCCCUGCAGAGAAGCAGCUUGUAGUCGAUGGUCGGAGGCAGAGCACGAGAAACAAACCUAGCACGAAAGGGUUGGAAGCCAUUGCAUAUGGGUUCCUAGGCUCAAAACAGAAAAGGAAGAGUUUGGAGGUCGAUUCUCUAGAUAACUACGUGUCAAUGCCUUCACGGUGGGUGCACGAGAAAAGCCGUAAGUUUGAAUACUCUGAAUGAUCCUACAGCUAUGACACUCUAUCUUAUAAUGUCAGUGCACAUUUAGUACUAGAGAUGAUAAUAAACAACGUUCCAAGAGCUCAGAUCAAAUCGGUAUUGAUUUAGGUUCUUUUUCUUCCUAAUACUGUUCAAUAUUAUCAAAAACAUUCUGUUAAGGAAGCAGAUGCUGGUGGAGGCCGUAUUGCUAAAAAUGAGAUUGUUGGAGAGUCUUCAAAAUUAUCUCAGGGAACAUGGAUGGUGUUUUCGCUAUAGGUAUUGCUAAGGUUUGCUGAAAUUAUUGGAUGUCUUGUAGUCAUCUUUGUUGCUGGGUUCUCGUUAAUUCGUUAAACGAAGACUAGUUUCAUCCGACUACUACAUACUUUUUGGUUCAAUAGAGAGAGAGGCCAUAAUAUGGAUAAAAUUGAUCGGGACGAGUAGCUUAUCAAAUAUGAUGCUAAGGAAAAAUGCUCUAUUUUCAUCUCAAAUGUUUGAUACCUGCACCUGCUUCUGAGAGUUUCCAGAAUGUCAUCAAUGGAGGCGCAUGCCAGUCAUAGCUUGAUAAAAGAAAGAGAUCAUUGAAAGCUAAUACCAAGUUUAUGGAAGGCAUAAGAGUUCAGCGCUUGGAAUAGUUCAUCAGUAUGUUCUUGGACAAGGUGUGCAAAACAAGUAUAAAUAUUUUCAAGUUAUUGAUCUCACAUUAAUCAUGAAUAUUGAUUACUAACAAAUCCUUGUUGAACGGUGUAGUGAAACUUCUAAUGUGAUUGCACAUUGUCAAUUGUUGAAUCCUUUUUUUACC